AUGUCAGCACUAGAUAGACUACAAAAAUGUUUACAAGAACUUACGGAUUGUCGUCAGAGGAUAAUACAAAAUGUGAAAAGUAAUCUUUUUUUUGACAGUGCCAGUGAGGCUAUUAGAUAUUGUGAAGAUAUUGAACAAAUAACUUUAAAUGAUAUUGACGUUCAAGAACUAGGUCUCGCGUCGAAAUUUCUAUUUGAUCCGAAAACAGGAAUAAUUAAAUUUUUAGUAGACACCGCCCAAAUAAUUGACUCAACACUUUCUAAAGCAAAGAUAGCUCUUUUAGAAUUUCUAUUUCUUUAUAUACAAAAAGUAAGAUCCGAUAUUGAGCCAUAUUCAAUCAAGAUUAGGGACGCGUGUUUCACACUUCAACAUAAUGAUGAAGCUGUUGUACGUGCUGCUUCUUUUAAACCAAUGGUUGCAAUGUUGGAUUCAAGUGUACGAAUAAUUGAUCCUAAUAAAAUGCACAUGGAAAAUAUAAUUCAACGAUAUCUGGAUUGUAUUUUUGUUCAGAGUAAAAUGAAUCAAAGUGUUAAAGUUAUGGCAGGAAUUCUUACCACGUUGGGUAUAAUCGCAUAUAGAUUUCCUGAACAUUCUAAAAAGGAUUGCGACAAACUUUUACGUGUUUUCAUAAACAAGCUAAAAGAUCCAGAUCAUUCAAAUGCUGCUUUUAAAGGAUUGCAUUCCUUCUUAUUUAGUUUUCCUGAUUUGUUGAAGAAAGCUAAUCAAGAGGAAUAUGUAUUUCAAUGCAUUUUAAGAAGUAUUAACAUGGUCGAGAACGAAAGUCAUUAUGAUAUUGCGAAAACUGGUUUCGAUUAUAUAUCUGAUCAUUCAAACAUAUUUGGACAUCAUUAUUUGCAACAAUAUCGUGAGGUGUGGGCUUGUCUUUGGAAAUGUCGUGAUCAUAAAAAUAAUGACGUUAGACGUGCGGCGUUUAAAUCUAUUGGAGAAUUUUUAAAAAAGGUUGCCGUUUUGUUGAAUUCAAAUUUUAUUGGGUCUCAUGAAAAAGAAUGUGUGGAGGAAGUAGUAUCAAAGGAUCAGCAAACAAAAGAUCUUUCUAUUGCUGUUCGAGGUGUAGGAUAUUUUGCCGCACCAGCAAAAAAAUUUAUGGAAGAAGAUAGGUUACAACAACUAUUCCAGGAUUUGCUUAAGCCAAGUGCUUGGGUAGUUUCAAG